GUAAAGUUGGUGAAAAGUGGAGGUAGAUCCUGUGAUGGUAAAGAGUAAAAAAAAGGUUGAGGAAACAUUGACAGUUGAUUUGAAUGAAACUGUUUGGAAGAUUUAAUUAUUGACUACAAUAAUACACCUCUAGGUGACCUAAAGAGUUAUGAGGACUUACUGGUGUCAUAUUGGCGACAAUUUGAGGCUUCUUGACGAGAUUCAGAUUAUUGGAGCCGACCACUGUGCAGUUUGUGCUGAGAUUUUCAUAGUCGAUUUUCUCCUGUUUGAUCUGUGGCUGAUAGGAUGUAUUCUUCGGAGAUUUACACAUUUUUUGCAGAGGCUUGUGGGGAGUUUGAGACAUUUUUUCACAACACUAACCAACGAUAUACGUAUAUCGAAAGUUUAUAGCACGCUUGAAAGUAAGUAGAUCUCCUUAUUCGUGGAAUGUAAUGCUAAC